AAAAACAUGUGGCAUUGGUCAUUAUGGUCAAUCUUCAAGAUAACCAAGUGUUCAUCGUUCAUCACAUGUAUGUCGUCAUUCUCAUUGCAAGGCACAUACUGAAGCACAUGAAUUAUGGCUUUCAUCAAAUUUCUCCUUCUGAUGACACUUUGUUUGGAGUUUUCUAACAGCAGUAAUAUACUUCUUGCACCAUUUGAUACAGGCUAUAAUAGUAGAAUUAGAAAUGUUCUAAGAAUUGGGCGAAUGUUACUACAAGCUGGUCAUGACGUGACCGUAAUCGUGUCAGAUAGGAUAGAGAAUGAAUCUCUGUUUAAGCAAGCAGAGGGCUCCAACUUGGAAUCUGAAUUUAAAGUUUUAAAAUACAAGACACCCGCCUUUGAUCCGGAUACAGCUCAAUCCUCGGUAAAUCAGGAAUGGCUCGACUCUAUGAUAUACAAACCAUAUGCCACUCUUUUACACAUCAUGAGGCAACCUUUUGAAGAUAGCUUAACAUUUGCAUUAGAAGACCAGGAUGUAUGGAAUGAAAUAGCAGCAUCAAAAUUUGAUUUAAUUUUUGCAGACGAAGGUGUAUUUUUCCCGAGAAUGGUUUCUGCAUAUUUUGACAUACCUCUAAUUGUGUACUGUAACUGGGGUCCAAUGUCACUUGAUGCCAAUUUUUCACCAAAAUUUAAUUUGGCAUUUGUUCAUGCUUUUUUCCCUGCAAUGUUCACUGAUGAAAUGACAUUUACAGAACGGAUUAUGAAUGUUGUAGAGUAUUUGCGAGUAAAGUGGAUAUGGUACAAUAUGUACAAUAGAUUUAUCUCUAUCUGCAGAAAACAUGGCUACGGUGAUGCAUGUUACAAUAUACGAGAUGCAUACAAGACUAUAUCACUAUUCAUGAUGAAUAGAAAUGACGCUAUCCAUUACCCUGCCCCAUAUAUGCCACAUGUCAUAUCUAUUGAAGGAUUUUUCUUAAUGUCUGAAAUUGAACCUUUGAAUACAGAGUACAGUAAUAUCAUGAAUAAAGCGGGAGAACAUGGCAUAAUCGUUGCUAGUUUUGGAUCAAUGCAACGACGAUUAGAUCCUAAAACAAGUAAAAAGUUCGCAAUUGCCUUCGCUGCAAUGCCUCAGACUGUUAUAUGGAGCUAUGAGGGUCCACUACCAAAAGGACUUGGAAAUAAUACCAUCGUGAAAAAAUGGUACCCUCAAGAGAGUCUGUUGGCACAUCCCUCGACAAAGUUAUUUGUGACACACUGUGGAGCCUCUGCAUUAUUCCAAGCAUUGCAUUAUGCUACACCGAUUGUUGGAGUGCCAUUCUUUUGGGACCAGCCUUUUAACUGCCACAAACUAACUCACAAAGUUAAGUCUGGGAAAACAGUUUUGUUGACAGAAAUGACGAGUGAAAAGCUUAAGAACACCAUGCAGGAGGUGAUCAGUGAUAAACGCUAUAAAGAUAAUGCAAAUAAAGCUGCUGAUAUCUACCAUAGCCAACCUAUUGAUCCGAAGAAAAAGCUUAUGUAUUGGAUAGAGUAUGUCAUCAAACACAAAGGGGCACAUCAUUUGAGGUCCGAUGCAGAAAACAACCUAAAUUUUUUCCAGUACUAUCUUCUUGAUAUAAUUACACUGGCCGUGUGCUCUUUGGUUAUGUUUGGUGGUAUUGUCACUGUUGUUAUCAAGUAUUUGAUACAAUACAUAGUAUGCAGAUUAAACAACAAAAUCAAAAAGGAUUAGACAAUAUAACAGUGAAAUAGAAGUUAAAGUGGCCUUCAACCAUUCAUAGAGAUGAUUAGCUUUCAAUGUACUAGACUAGAAAUCGGCAACUCUAGGCAGUAGCCCCAAUGAACACUAUAUUCAUGAAUCUAUAUAUGUCACAAUGAAAUGUUUACCAUCUAAUCUACCCUUGAUUAAAUUGCCAGAUAUUAAAAGACAUAAACAAGAGAUAGAGUCUAUAUCAGAAUUUCCACUGUUUUAACUGCCAUUUAGGAGUUUCAAGUGCAAAAAUCAUAAUAAAAACAAAACAAUAUUUGAGAUCUAAUACAGUAUAUUGUAAUAACAAUACUUUGAAGAGAUCUCCAAUAAUUGUGAUCCAUAACUGUGACCCUACUCAAAAAUUCCUUCAAUUUGAGUAUAAUAUAGCCAUACUUUGGAGAAGUUGAUUUAUGUCCAAAUACUUUACCCCUAUGUUAAUAGUAACCGCCAGUUACAGACAGGGCUCGAGUUAAGGGCAUGUCCACUUGUCAUUUGCCAGGUCACUUUC